GUGGAGUGUGUGGGGGGACAGAAGUGGAGUAGAGUGUGUCUGAGGAGUGUUUUGGCUCUGUGGACAUGUCAUAGUCCACUCUGGGCCCCUGAUCAAGUGGCUGGACGUGGUCAAGAUUUGACAUGAUGCCCAAGAUGAGGAUAGAGGUUGGAGUUUUGAUUUUGUUGGCCAACUGGGUGGUCUACUCAGAUGCCUGGUUCUGGACCUGGACUGGUACAACAACUUUGGCACCAAUGAUGGACCAUGAGGGGUCAGGCAGUCCAGCAGGUAGUGGAGAACAGCCACCAGAGGACACAGUUGGAGCGCAGAUCAUUGAUGAGAGACAUGGGAUCCAAUUGACUGGGCAGACCACUCAGACCCUUCAGACCACUGAGGCUCCCUUACUGACCACUGUAGUGGCCAGCCCCUUCACUACAACACAGCUGGAGAAUGACCAGGCAUCAGAAAAAGGCACAGUUUCGUCUCACAUAAGUAAACCUGGUAAUGGCACAUCUUCUUUAACGGAAGACAGUGGAGUCACUUUGCUGCAGCUGAUCAGUGACCCUCCUCCCAGUGAGAUUACCCAGGUGUACGGACCCGACAAUAGCCCCGGAUAUGUCUUCGGACCCACGGCCAACACGGGCCAGCUGGCACGCGCCCACCUGCCCAACUCUUUCUAUCGGGACUUCUCCCUCAUCUUCAACCUGAAACCCACCUCUGACAAGGGUGGAGUCCUCUUCUCUGUCACGGACGCCGCUCAGAAGAUCAUGUACGUCGGCGUGAAGCUGUCGGCCGUGCAGGGCGGCAACCAGAACGUCAUCCUGUACUACACGGAGCCCGGCUCGCAGCAGUCGUACGAAGCGGCCAGGUUCCCCGUGUCCUCCAUGAGGGACACCUGGACCCGUUUCGCCAUUGCUGUGAGGGACGACAAGGUGAUGUUCUACCACAACUGUGACGCAGCCCCUCAGGUGAUGCGCAUCGAGAGGUCCCCGGAUGAUAUGGAGCUGGACACUGGUGCCGGAGUCUUUGUCGGGCAAGCUGGAGGGGCUGAUCUAGACAAGUUCCUGGGCGUGAUCGGGGAGCUGAGGGUGGUGGGAGACCCCCGUGCUGCCGAGAGACACUGCGAAGACGACGAGGACGACUCAGAUAUGGCUUCAGGCGAAGGAAGUGGCUACGAGCAACCGAGACCCACAAGACCAGCCGUGGAGAAACAUAGAUGGACGACUGCUCCUCCAGCUUUUUCACCCAUUCCGCAGCCUCCAGUGACCAAGACAGAGGAGUCAGUGUCAGUUUCCAAAGAGACAGUCAGUAACACGCAGCGUGUUUCAGUGUCUGUGGAGUCCAGGCCCGAACUUCCCGGCUCACCAGGACAAGCUGGGUCUAAAGGAGAGAGGGGUGACAGAGGAGAGAAAGGAGAAAGGGGUCCAGUUGGGCCAAAGGGAGAAUCUGGAUCCAGCGUCCGGGGUGGAGCUCGUGGGGAGAAGGGUGAACCUGGGGAAAGGGGAUUAAAGGGGAGCGCAGGAUUUGGCUACCAAGGAAAGAAGGGUGAACCUGGUCCCGCUGGGCCCGCCGGCCUCCCCGGCCCUCCAGGCCCCACCUCCGAGUAUUCACUUAGCAAUGACGGCACAAUUGUUUCGGCAGGACCGCGGGGACCACCUGGACCACAAGGUGGUCCGGGCCCAGCAGGACCACCAGGAGCCGAAGGAGAGCCAGGUGACCCUGGUGAGGAUGGAAAACUUGGUCCUGAUGGACCCCCAGGCUUCCCUGGAACCCCAGGAGACUCCGGACCUAAAGGAGAUAAGGGAGACCGUGGAGAUGGUCACCCUGGCCCCAGGGGCCCCCCAGGACCUCCAGGGCCUCCUGGACCAGGACUCAGAUCUACGUUUGUGGACAUGGAAGGCUCCGGUUUCCCUGACGUGGAAUCCAUUCGGGGACUACCUGGGCCACCUGGUCCUCCCGGUCUCCCCGGGCUUCCUGGUCCCUCCACAGCUGGUACGGUGUCAAGUUCUGGUGCAUUUGGACCCCCAGGAAAGGAUGGGGCACCCGGUCAAGUUGGUUUGCCCGGUUUACCAGGGACUGAUGGCCUUCCGGGAACUCCUGGUCUUAAGGGAGAAAAGGGUGAUUCGGGCGAGCUGGGUCUUCCAGGAGCACUGGGACAGAAGGGAGCUCAAGGAGACCCUGGUUUACCUGGAACUGCAGGACAGACUGGACUGGCUGGUCUGCCAGGACCGAUGGGACCAGUUGGGCCAGCUGGGCCUCCCGGACCUCCUGGACCAAGUUAUCGCGUUGGCUUUGAUGACAUGGAAGGCUCUGGUGGCGGUUUCACCUACGGACAUUCCGGUGGCCGAGGACAGGAAGGAAAACAGGGUCCGCCUGGUUUACCUGGACUUCCGGGUAAACCUGGAUUCCCCGGCCUGCCAGGUCAGAAGGGCAUUGAGGGUCCUAUUGGACGAGAUGGGCAACCUGGGUUGGAUGGCUUCCCUGGACCUCAGGGGCCAAGGGGUGACAAAGGUGACAAAGGAGAGAGGGGUGAAGCAGGUCGAGAUGGAACCGGACUUGCGGGUCCACCAGGCCCCCCUGGACCUCCAGGACAAAUCAUCUACUCCACAUCUGGCAAUUUAGACGGUGUGGUCGGCGGUGUCGGGCCUCAGGGUGGACCUGGUUUGCCUGGUCAAGCUGGAUUCCCUGGUCCCGUCGGACCAAAGGGUGACAGAGGUGACCCUGGUCUGCCUGGCUACGCAGUGAAGGGUGAGAAAGGUGAGCCAGGCGUCGUCGUCGGACCUGACGGAAAUCUUCAUUAUCUGGACGGAUUAAGAGGUUUGAAGGGAGACCAUGGAUCUCCUGGUCCUGUUGGACCGCCUGGCCAGUACGGGCCUCCUGGCAUCAAGGGUGAAAUUGGAAUGCCUGGAAGACCUGGUCGCCCUGGUGUAAAUGGAUAUAAGGGUGAGAAAGGAGAGUCUUCAGGUGGCGCUGGCUAUGGCUACCCAGGUGUCCCUGGUCCUCCAGGACCGCCUGGGCUACCUGGACCUCCUGGACCUCCCAUUCCUCUUGAUCGCUUCAAUCGCUAUGAUGAAACUUCAAGGAAUUACCAAGUUAAGGGGGAAAAAGGAGACAGAGGCGACAGAGGAAUUCCAGGAAUCCCAGGAACAGCUUCAAAUUUUGAUAUUUAUGCAUUCAAGAAUGAAAUGAAGGGAGAGACUGGUGAAGCAGGUGUGAAGGGAGCAAAGGGAGAGCCCGGUGGUGGAUAUUAUGACCCACUUUUUGGAGGAACCCAGGGCCCAGCGGGGCCUCCCGGCAAACCAGGCCUAACAGGUCCAAAGGGAGAUUCCAUUAUUGGACCCCCUGGGCCCCAGGGUCCACCAGGGCCAACAGGCGUAGGUUAUGAUGGACGCCCAGGUUCUCCUGGACCACCUGGACCUCCAGGACCUCCAGGCUCUUCUCCUGGAGCAUACAGGCCAAAUCAUUCCGUCAAUAUCCCUGGACCUCCAGGCCCUGCAGGUCCACCUGGAACUCCUGGUCACUCCUCUAGUGUCAUAGUGUUGAGAUCCUAUGACACCAUGAUUGCCUCUGCCAGACGUCAGUCAGAGGGCAGCCUCAUCUACAUCAUCGACAAAGCAGACCUCUAUUUAAGAGUACGCGAUGGACUGCGACAAGUCAUGCUGGGAGUGUACCAACCCUUCUUUAGAGAUCUGGAGAACGAGGUGGCAGAGGUCCAGCCCCCGCCUGUGAUCCUGUAUCCUCAGUCCCAGGACCAGUCCCAAAAUAACGGAGCCGGUCACUACUCCCAGGGCGGCUCCUCCAUACGUCCCAUCGAGCCUCCGCCGCGGCCGCCUACAGAUCCCAGAUUCCCCCCACAGUACGACCCCAGGUUCCCAGAUCCCAGACACACCGGCCACACGGAUGGGACAUUAGUCACCGAGAGGACGGAGAACAGAUUCCCAGUCACGCCACAGAGACGACCCAGCGUGCCUCUGCCACAGCCUGGAGUACAUGUGCACACAGCAUCAGUAUCAGGACUGCAUCUCAUCGCCUUGAACGCCCCCCAAACUGGUAACAUGCGAGGAAUCCGCGGGGCAGACUUCCUGUGCUUCCAGCAGGCCCGCGCUGUGGGCCUGAAGGGAACCUUCAGAGCGUUCCUGUCCUCUAAGCUCCAGGACCUGCACACCAUCGUCCGCAGGUCCGACAGGGAGAACCUCCCCAUCCUGAAUCUCAAGGACCAAGUAUUGUUUAACAGUUGGGACUCGCUCUUCGGUGACGAUGCGAGCAAAAUGAGUGAGAAUAUACCGAUCUACUCCUUUGAUGGCAGAGACAUCGUCAGGGACAGCGCGUGGCCAGAGAAAAUGGUCUGGCACGGAUCGGACAACAAAGGCCACCGGCAAACAGACCACUACUGUGAAACAUGGCGAGCAGGUGACCGCGCGGUCACUGGUCUGGCAUCAGCGCUCCAGAGCGGCCAUGUCCUGCAGCAGACGUCCAGCAGCUGCUCCGGCUCAUACAUCGUCCUUUGCAUUGAGAAUGCCUUCAUCACACAGUCCAAAAAAUAAAUCCAUCCAUCCUUUUUUGUUUGUUUGUUUGUUUUUUUUAUUCUGGGCCCCUCUUAAACACAGUUUUUUAGUGUCCAAGCAGCAGAUUCCCUGCUCACACUCGCUGUGAACACGCUGCGUCUGAUGAACUGGUCCCGCCGCUCUUUGCCCCGGCAGAGACACUUUGCAUCGUCUGCUCCUCCCCUCACCAAAGAGUUGGGUUGAACAGAGAGCGGCGGACUGCUCCUUUUUCUUCGGGCACUGGCAAAUAUUUUCCUUUUAAGAGGUGGAACAACAGCAGAGAAGUUUAACACAUUCUCAAAUUGUAUCCAUUUUUUUUUUUUUUUUUUUAUUCUGUAUAUUACAUGUUUGUUGUAUGUUCUUUAUUAUUUUUAUUUGAUGUUAUCAAUGUUUUACAUUUUGAAUUGUUUUUAAAAUUGCUAUAUCCAUCCUGUUUUUGUUUAAUUUUUAGGUAUGGAUCAUUUCCAUAUAUUUUUUUUUUUUUUUUUUACAAUUGCAUCUUUAGAAUUGUGGGUUAUGACGGGGUACAGCAGACUUUUAAGGAUUAUUUUAAAUUUUAAAGAUGAUAAUAGAUAUUUAUUUUUAAAUGAAGUUAUGUAAGGAUGAGUUAAAAAGAAAAUGAUUCGGGGAAAAAAUUCAGAAAAAAAAAAAGCUCCAUACCCUCAUUUAUAUUCUAGCACAGCACAGAGAAUUACAUUUUUUAUUUGUUUUUCAAAAGAGCUUCUGAUCAGAAACUGUUCCUUUUUACAGAACCAGGACUGCAUCAUGCAAUACACUCAUACACAUGUUUACCACUUCUUUUUUUUAUAUAUAUAAGCAUCAGUCCUCACAUAUGGACUGUAACUGUUACUGUGACUUAAGAUGCUUUUACUUCACCCAAAAUUCAAACUCAAAUUGAAAGCAGUGAGUUGCGUGGAAAUGAUUCUGGUGCUAAUGGUCUAGGGAAUAGAAAAAAAAAGCCUCACAUUGAAUUUCAGAGACUAACUUGGUCUUAGUGCUACUAAAUGUGUUGACUGAACCUGUGGAUGUCCAUUUUUAUUUUUUAUUUUAUAACAAAAAUGUGCUGUACUGUUUCUCCCAAGCACUGAAUUAAAGUCUUUUUCAACCACA